AGUUAGUUGAUCCUCCACGUCUCCAGGCCCUUUCUUCCCUCCAAGAGAAACUGGCUAUCUCUGCGGCUGUUAAUAAAUAAUAACCAUUUACUUGACGAUCCUAUCGAAAUUCACCGUUAUUGCUUCUCUUCGAAUCCCUUCGCCUGUUUCAUUCCCGUCUUAUCGCAGGAUGCUCCUCCGCUCACGGCAAUGACGGCAGCCUGCGUGUGAACGCCCGCGCAAUCUACAGCAAUCUACUAUCGCACACUUUAUCUCUUCUUCUUUUCUCGUCUCUGGGCGCUGUUAUUGAAACAAUGGCGACUCUAGCUUCCCCGGCUUCCCCGCCGUCAACACCGCUCAAACGGCGAACGCGCAGCUGGGCCCGAAGGGUCGAGCGGUAUUGCUGCGUUGCGGCAACCUACUUCCCUCUCGCCUUCGUUUACAGUCUGUCGACAUGGGCGGUAUAUGUGGCUGUUUCGGUUGGCUCGUUGUCUCGCCAUGGUCGGUGGAUUGGCUUACCGAGCAACAUCGCCGCGACACUCCUUUAUAUCCUAGCCGAAGUUUCGUACACAGUCGCUGUCUUUACUGACCCGGGGUCACCUCUAUCUGCCCGUACGCGGGGGAAUAAUCGCCAUGGAUACAGUCACCUCCCAACUACCGAACUCCCCGAGUUCGUAUCCUAUACCGUCAGCUCGUCCGGGGGGUCGCGAUUCUGCAAGAAAUGUCAGUGUGUGAAGCCUGAUCGGACGCACCACUGCUCUACCUGUAAGAAGUGUGUGUUGAAGAUGGACCACCAUUGUCCGUGGCUGGCAACUUGCGUGGGAUUGCACAACUAUAAGGCGUUUCUACUCUUCUUGAUCUACAUCUCUGCUUUCUGUUGGGUUGCCUUUUCUGUUUCCGGGUAUUGGGUUUGGAAUGAGAUGUUCAGCGACACGCGGUAUAUGGACACGUAUCUACCGGUUAACGUGAUCUUGCUGGCUAUCCUGUCUGGCAUUAUCGGACUCGUCCUGACCGGGUUUACCGCCUGGCAUAUCAGUCUGGCUGUGCGGGGACUCACUACGAUCGAGUCUUUGGAGAAGACUCGUUAUGCGUCUCCGCUGCGGAAGACAUUCGAAGUGCAGCGAGCUCGGCUCGGCCCUCCAGCUGGGCAGGAGGAUGAAGGUUUUAGCCAUCGACUGCAGGAAUAUGGUCAACAGAUCGUCCAGGCUCACGCCAAUUCUAUCCCCGGAGUCACUCGGGCAGAGGAGGGUGAGGAGAGGCCAUCUCCCGCCGUCGAUAGUUUUGGGUUCGAACGCCCCCAACCGCCGGACUAUUACGGUGAUCAGGCUGCUGGCCAGACCCCUGCGCAACGGGCUUUGCAUCGAAACUACAAUGACCUGGAGAGAGAACGGGAGCGGGAGCAGUACGAGGAGUACUUGGAUUCACGGGACAGUGAGAAGAUGCCCAAUGCGUGGGACCUUGGAUGGCGUCGAAAUCUUCUUCAUCUGUUCGGUGAGAAACCGCUCUAUUGGGCCCUUCCGGUCUGCAAUACAACUGGCGAUGGAUGGCACUGGGAAGCUAGCAGGAAGUUCCUCGAAGCCCGCGAGGAGAUCCGGCAGAAACGGGAGCAAGAGCAAGCCCAGCAGGAAGAACACUACCGAGAUCUGUACGAGCGGGCUCUGAGCACCAACAGUCGAAGCUACAGCCAGUCUAAUCAACGGUGGUCGCCGACAAGUAAGACACUCACUGGCGGCGACACUUCCCGACCCACCACUGGUGUCUCGAUGAAGACACUGGCCCCGAUGUCCCCUCGUCCACGACCAGGUGACAGCGAUUUCGAGGACGGUCUCGAUUCCCCGCCUUAUGGCACCAGCUGUGAGGGCAGUAUCAAGAAAAUAAGGUACGCACCACGAGAGGCAGGUAGGCCUCCACCUAGAGUCCGCAAGGGCACUGGCAGUGUCUUUGGCACAUCCGUCGCCAGUCGAAACAGUGAGAGAAAGCCAUCAGAUGAAUGGCGGAACUGGGAGUGAGAAGCAAGUCGUUCUUUCUUUCUGCAUUGAUUGAAUCCACCAGCAUAUUUGCCAUUGUGUGUUUGGAUGGCUCAGUUGUCGGCGCUUGUGACAUAUACCUGAGAAGCUUUUCUCUUCAUCAUAUUUUUGGUUAUCGCGUCUAUUUUUUUCAGACUAGUCAAUGGGAGGGCAGAGCGUUAGGGUUGCGUUGCAGAAAUGGCCGGUCUUCUUGAUGUAUAAUAUGAUGCCAAUAGCAAGGAUGUACUCGGUAUACGCCCGGAGUAUGUUUCAGUAAUUUGCCUUUUCUAUUCUAUUUAUGAGCACCAUGAACAACUUCUGUAAUACG